CGGAAGGGUCCACGUUCAGAAUGAUCUUGUGAACAACGAAAAAUGGCAGAACUUCCUCCGAGGCAUCCUGGAUUUGGGAUUUCUGGGAAGUGUUUUCUCAUUGAGAAUCUGUUGCGUCCUGGGAAUUUUUCACCUGUUGGUUGGCCUUCAUCAGGUGUCUGUCUGAAGAGAUGUUUUCCAAAUCUGGUUUACGGACCUCUGGGUUUGGUGCCGAAAGGGAAGUGUGUCUCUCCGAACGGGGCCCCGGAAAACCACAUGUGUCCUCAGAUAAAGAACAGGAAUGUCGCUCCACCUCAGUCAGUUGUUAUGACUGGAGCUCCUCUCAUGUGCCGCACUGGAUCUCAGCCUGUGAUGUCAUCUACCCCUCUGUUCACUAAGGGUGUCAGUUCUACACUGUGGAGUCCAGUGAUGAACUCCAGAUCCAGACCGGGAAUUCUGCGGCGGGCCGUGUUCUCAGAGGAACAGAGGAAAGAACUGGAGAGAACCUUCCGCAGACAGAAAUAUAUAAGCAAGACUGAUCGCAACAGACUGGCGACAGAGCUCUGUCUCAAAGAGACACAGGUGAAGAUCUGGUUCCAGAACCGCAGAAUGAAAUGGAGGAACUGUAGAGAGAAGGAGAGCACAUAUACGCGACCAGCGAUUGAGCGACUGACGGUCUGGAGCGAAUCAGAACCGGUGGACGCACACAAGAAAUCCAGCACAGACGACACACUCUCACCUGUCCACAGCCGAACCAGAGAGAUCAGACCAGAGCAAAGAUAAUGUGUGACAUUUGUGACAGAAAUUUGACUAACAGCAAGAUGGAUUUCAAGAUAAGGGACUCAAACAUUGAAAUGUCUUGCUAGAUUAUGAUAAUAUUGUUAAAUAUGCCUUAAUAAGGCAAAAUUGAAUAAAUGCCACAGCUGUUUACUGUUCAGACAGACGUUCUGAAGUGUAAUAAAGUGUAAUUAUGAUUUGAAUGGUCAUUACCUCCUGUAGUCCCAUCACGACAGUCACUGAGCUCUUUAUAAGAUGCAUUUCAGUAACUAAUUACUGUAGUGUUUAUUUUUAAUUUUGCAUAAAGUGUACAUUG